CUGCUCAUUCCCUGGCCCCCCUCUCACCCUACCUACACCUGCCACGAGCAGACCGCGCCCCUCCUCUAUGCGCCCCUCCUCUAUGCGCCAGUCCUCUUGAUGCUCCUCACAUACUCGACUACGAUCUCUCUGGCGACCGACUCGUGCACUCUGACCACAAUCACUCGCCGCCGCCACACCUCAGCCUCCCACCGGCCCUAAGGGUUGGAUCCCACACGCUGAGGAGCCCCGAGCGACCAACACCACAACACGCACCGCAUCACCCCUUGGGCGUCACGAAGCUUUCGCGAAUAUCCUAGCAGCAUCUGGCUCUGACUGCGCACUAUUUCUGCGGGACUCUCUGCCCACGGCAGCCCUUGCGACGCUUGGCGACGAUAUCUCGCCCUCGGACUUACAGAGUGCCAGGGUUGCGCCGUUUCAGGCACGACAUCGGUAACUCGACUGGGAGGACAUCAAGGCCGACACCAGUCUCGGCGGCGUCAUGUCUAAGAUUAACGCCAGCGAUGGUGCCCUUGCUGGCGAAACCGCCGGCUCGGGCACAAAGUCACACCACGCCGACCUCCCCCCGCUCACGACCACCACCUCUCCUUCCGCAUCUACCACUACAGCCCAGCCGCCCUCCAGCGAAUCCAAAGAUAAAUCGUCGCAGCAGCCCUCGGGCUCUGGGGAGUCCUCAUCGCGUCCUCAAUCACAGGCAAUUGGCGAAUCGGAGUUCCCCCAAUAUCCCUCGAGUCUGCAAUACACAUCUGUUCGGGACUUUGCUUACCCGAUUUCGAACCCUCUACACUACGGCCCCCCGCCCGAGCCGUCUGCACCACCUUCAGGCAUGACGACACCAACCAACGAGCUUGGAUUCUCCGGUUAUGAUGAUUAUAUGCCUUCAUGGCAGCCGUUCCGUGGUGGUGAACCUCCUCACAUGAUCUUGAGCCACGGCCCGCCAUAUCGGGAGGAUGACGACCUACAAAGCCCUGUUGUGGCGACGCGCCAUCGACGAAAUAGGUCGUCGCAGGUGGGAAAAAAAUCAGAUCAGGAGUUGAGUUUGCCAGAUGAAAUCGACGGUGAAAGAGGAUUUAAUGCGGCAGCGGGCGGUGCGCAGUAUCCUGCUCGCCGCAGCCGGGCCUUCCACUUCUCACAGCACCCCGAUGACGACAAUCGCCCGAGUGACUCUGAGCUUCCCAGCUCACCCGAGGGAGCCACCUUUAACGAAACCAAUAGAUAUUCUCGAGACUACCAGUUUACCAUCACCUCACCGGACGAAGAAUUCCACGGCAAGGCCGUGGCGCUAUUUGAUUUUGAGCGCGAAAAUGAAAAUGAGCUACCGCUCAUUGAAGGACAAAUUAUUUGGGUAUCAUAUCGCCACGGUCAAGGUUGGCUCGUUGCAGAGGAUCCUAAGACUAGAGAGAGUGGUCUGGUGCCAGAAGAGUAUGUCCGUUUACUGCGGGACAUCGAGGGAGGCAUGCAUAGCUUGACAGGAUCUGUUGAUGCUUCGACCGAUAGUGAUGGGGAAGGAGUUCCCGCAGGAGAGAUGUCUCUGAGUCCUGUCACAUAUAAUGGCGGCUCAGCAAACGGGUACCACCAACCUAUUGUCUCUACGUUCUCUACGUCGAGCAAGGAUCUGAACCCGUACCCAACAGAACAACUGGGUAUCCAGGCUGGCCAGGUACCUCCACAGGUUGUCCACUAUCAUGGCCAGCAUGGGGGAAGUGGAAGCCAAAACCCUACGCCGACGAUAGCUAAGAAGGACGAUGAAGAGAAGAAGCAAGACAACGCAUAAAAAAGGAAUGCGCCUAAAACAUCGCAGCGAUAAGCUUAAGCCCGGGGGCAGUCAACGGCACUUGUGGGGAAUGUUAGAAAAAACCCCGCGGCGCCAACCAUUACAGUAGAAACGGUAGGGGGAGCGAGCUAUUUUGUGUACAAAGUCCUUUUCAAUUCUUGUCGCGGUCAAUUGAUGACGCCAUGAUUGUAUGAAGAAGAAAGCCAUUUGAGAUGGCAGGGCUCUGUCCCUUGCCUGAAAUAUAUAACCAAAAUUUAAACAUUUACAUAUGUAUGACUGUAACUAUAAUGCACGCGAGGGCCUUGACUGUGACGAUAUCCGGGCUGACAUAUUCACGUAUUUUCUGGCUACGGUAGAUCUUUCUCAUAUUUGACUAUGACUGUAAUAAUGACGACAUUU